ACCGCCCAGGAUAGUCGUGGAGUCACAGAGCUCUGUUUCUCCUUCUGUUUGCGGAUCAUAACGCCUUCAUAUCAAGGCGUUUACACCACGAGACUAUCCCGCGGCGAUCGGCGUUUAUUUUCUUCCGUUCUUCUCUGGCGAUAAACCAGGCGAGCGCGGAAGAGAGCGCGCAGUAACGGGAAGAUACAGCGUGUUUUCAUUAGGUCACAUUUCCGAGGAAUGAUCCAUCCAUCUGCCGAUCACGUUUUACGAGCGCACAUAUCCUUCUUCACGCAUUGGACGUAGACUUUCGGAGCACAGGAGAGUUUUGGGCAUGCACGGCGCGUAAACAUAGGAACCCAACAGUUUUUAACAAACACUUGGACCGAAAUCCGGCGUCUCGUCGCUUCGCUGACACUCUUGAUUUGAUCUCUGGAUGUAUUUUUGCAGCUCUUGUGUGCUGGAGUGGUGUGCACCGUGCCAAACGCGCAUAGAUGUUGUGAAAUAACCCAUGAUGUUGCAGUUUUUGGCUGAGAUGUGUCUUAUUUCAUUCACUGAACUUCAGUGUUGCUCUGUUUGGCCAUGAGUCUUCAGCAGCAGCAGCAUUAGAAAGCAGUUGUGUGUAACCACGUUGAUGGCAUUUUAAUAUGCACGAAUGUGACGCUUUCAGUUCAGGAAGCUUCAGUUUAGUCUUCUAGUUGCGCAUCAUCUUCAGAAAUCUGUAUGAUUGUAGGGACGUAGCAUGGAUUGUGAUUUGAUGUGUGACACAUGCAUGACAUUAUUGGACACUUUAAUGCUGCUUUAAGUUCAUAAAGCGUCAUCAUCAUCUUCAGUGUGUUUGCAGGCAUUUGCUUGUCUAGUAAGGUGUUUAAUAUGAAUUAUUGACACAUGUUGGCUGUGCAUACUAAUAUAGAUUUCACAAAUGCUGCUGUAACUUUUUAAAAGUGCAUUUAUGCUCAUAAACGCAUAAUACCAGUUGAGCAUCAUUGCCAUUUUCAGAAAGCAGUGUGUUUGCUGGCACUUUGCUUGCUUUUGAGACGUUUUAGUAUUCAUUAAUGUAAUGUCUUUUGGCUGUGCAUAUUAUUAUAUGCUACUUAAAUGCUGCUUUAACUUGAUAGAGAACGUUUAAGUCCAUAUAGUUUCAAUUUCGUGUCCUAGGUGGGCAUUAACAGCGUGUAGAUUGUUUUGGCUGUGCUUAACACACUCUGGCAUUUAAGACCUUAGUCUCAUUUCGGUCUCCCAGAUGAGAUGUUGCGUGACUGCUCUGAAACUAAAGGAAGCUGGUUUUGAAGCGGUGAGCGCGCAAUGACGCUGUUGUUGUGCGCAAAUGUGUUGACGCCACCUGUGGUCUCUUAAAUCGAUCGAUUCAGGAAGAUUUAGGCACUUUGACCAGGAGAGAGUUCAGUUAGCACGGCAGCCGCGUCGCUUGCGCUUUCUAACCAGGUUUAAGUGUGUAUCGUCCUGCGUCACGCGUAAGUGGAGAGUUUAAAUGGUGCUCCGAAAGUUACCCGGUGUUUCAGCAUCGGGCAUGGGGCUUCGCCUGUCUCAGAAAUUCGUGUUUCUGCUGUUCCUGUCGGGGUUGGUUACUCUGUGCUUCGGGGCACUUUUCUUUCUCCCCGACACCGUGCGCCUCAAGCGCAUCUUCCUCUCCAAGAACGAGAAUCCCGCGGUGACAGUGGGCCACGACAAUGAGCUUUCCAAAAAGGUGCCAGGGGAUCCAGAGCAUCAGCGGGUGGCUUUAAAAGGGGGCGAGGGGGCGAAUGUCAAGCUCAAAGUGAGCCGCAAGCCCUCGGUCACCCAUGGAGCGAGAACCGUGGAGAGAUCUGUUGGGAGUAGAGCGCAGGAGGAGUGGAGUCCGGCGAGGGCGCAGGAACCGGCGGCCAGAGACGAGCGGGUCACCUCGGCCGCUCACAACGGGGAACGCGGCAGCGCUUACAGCUAUGAGGCGUUUAAAUCGUGUCUGCUCAAACCAGCUUUGGGGAGGAACCAGGGAACUCCACCGGAUUCCGAGACGCUUCAGCGGAGGGAGAAAGUUAAAGAGAUGAUGACAUUUGCCUGGGACAACUAUAAACGUUACGCUUGGGGAAAUAAUGAACUUCGACCUCUGACCAGGAACGGACACUUGGGGAAUAUGUUUGGCGGACUCAGAGGCGCUUCAAUUGUGGAUUCUCUGGACACGCUGUACAUCAUGGGUCUAAUGGAGGAAUAUGAGGAAGCCAAGGAAUGGGUCCAAAACAACCUGGACCUGAACUCGAAUGGAGAGGCGUCACUGUUCGAGGUGAACAUCCGUUACGUUGGCGGACUUCUCUCUGCAUACUACCUGACGGGAGCUGAGAUAUUUAAGCAGAAGGUGAUGGAGCUGGGCGAGAAGUUGUUACCCGCCUUCAACACGCCCACCGGCAUUCCCAGAGGAGUCAUUAACCUGGGCAGCAGUGGCACCAGCUGGAGUUGGGGCUGGGCAUCGGCCGGCAGCAGCAUCCUGGCCGAGUUUGGCACGCUGCACCUGGAGUUCCUUCACCUGUCCCAACUGUCUGGAAGCCCCCUGUUCACUGAGAAGGUGAUGAACAUCCGAAAGCUGCUGAACAAAAUCGAGAAGCCUCACGGUCUGUAUCCCAACUUCCUGAGUCCCGUCAGCGGCAACUGGGUACAGCAUCACGUGUCUAUCGGAGGUCUUGGGGACAGUUUCUACGAGUACCUGAUCAAAUCCUACCUGAUGUCAGACAAGACGGAUCAGGAGGCCCAGAAGAUGUACUACAGCGCCAUGGAGGCCAUCGAGACGAACCUGGUGCAGAAGUCUCCGGGUGGCCUGACGUACGUGGCCGAGUGGCGAGGAGGAAUCCUGGACCAUAAGAUGGGGCAUCUGGCCUGUUUCUCCGGCGGGAUGAUCGGCAUCGGCGCUGACGACGGGCCGGCAGGACAGAGGCAGCAUUACUUGGACCUGGCCGCGGAAAUCACUCACACCUGCCACGAGUCCUACAGCCGCUCAGCCACCAAACUUGGUCCAGAGGCGUUCCGCUUCGAUGCAGGAGCCGAGGCCACAGCCACCCGACUGAGUGACCGCUAUUACAUCCUGAGGCCAGAGGUCAUCGAGAGCUACAUGUACAUGUGGCGUUUGACCCACGACCCCAAAUACAGGGAGUGGGGCUGGGAGGCCGUGGAGGCGUUGGAGAAGCACUGUCGUGUAGACGCAGGUUUCUCAGGAAUCAGAGACGUGUACGCCUCCACAGUCAGUCACGACAACAUGCAGCAGAGCUUCUUCUUGUCCGAGACGCUCAAAUACCUGUACCUGCUGUUCUCGGACGAUGAUCUGCUGCCGCUGGAGGACUGGGUGUUUAACACGGAGGCUCAUCCGCUGCCCGUUAUACACAAGAGAUGCCUGCAGGAGCACAGUGCCACACAAGACCAUGGACAGACCAACCUGGAGUAGUAUUUACCAUCACACACACACACGGAUUCAACCUCACGGGUCCUGACAUGGAUUCUCAGCUCCUUUCCUGUAAAGGAUCUCUUCAUAUAUAUAUACAUAUACGCUGUGAUUGUAUAUCUCUGAGCCGAGGCUUCCCGCUCUCCUCGGCGGGCGGAAGCCGGCGCAAUUUUCCGUGGACAAUCAGUGAAACGUGACUUUCAUGAGAAGAGCACCUUUUUUUCUUUGCUUCUUUCCUCCGUGAGGAAUAAACGAAUAACUUGCAGCCCCGAAUCUGUGGGAGGAGUGCCGUACGAUGGCGGGCCAUGCUGAGCGAAAGAGAAAACCACUUUUCUUCACGCCUCACCUGUAAUUGAUCUUUUCUUUCAUUCUUUCAUUGUGUGUUCCUUUCCCGUCUCUUCUGCCAAAGCGUUUGCAGUCUUUUUUAUUUCCCAGCCCGUGAUAUUUUGUUCUAUCUAGUUUCGAGUCCAAUUUUGUGCUAUGAUUUUUUUAUUAUUUCGAGGACUGAGGUAUUUACAAACCCGACUAAAGGAUCCUUUGUGAAAUGUGUUGUACAGAAUCCUUUGGUUUGAACAAGAAGUUGAAUGAUGUCAUUGGCAGGGCAGGAUUGUUUUACGUGAUUUUAAACUUAAACUGGUAUUUUUUUUAUGCUUCAGCUGCAUUGCGAGCCUCGGUGUUGUGCACGACAUGCAAUGUUUCAAAGACCUGCAUCACCAGAGCGGAAAAACACACUUGCACUGACACCGGAUGGCCACUAGGGCUGGGCGAUUAUAUAUUGCAUAUUCAUUAUAUUUUUGCAAUGCACGCAAUUAUUUUAAUGUGCUUUCUUAGACUAGUUUCAUGGUGGUUCCUCAGUAUCAAAAACAGGAUUUAUGUUUGAUUCAUUUCAAACUGCGUUCUUUAAUGAAUCGCUUCAGACCCCUAAAGCAAAGAUGCAUUUGCAAUUUUCCUUCAGAAAUCCUAACGAUUGUGAAUUAUUUGAAUGCGCUUUUUAAUUUGUCCGUUAAGUUUCAUUAGCUUCAUGAUGAUUCUUCAGUAUCAAAAGCAACGUUUCAAUUGCAUUCACUUCUGUAACUCACCUCAAACUGUUUCAAUGAAUCGAUUCAAAAACAAAAAAGCAAACCAAAAAGCAUUUUUUCAAGAUUAUGAAUUACACCGUUAUUGGAAAGCACUUUUUUAAUUUGUCCAUUAAGUUUCCUAAAGAUUGAGUUAGAAUAGUUUCACAAUUCUUCGUCAGUGUCAAAAACAGCAUUUAAGUUUGAAUUUCUUUAAACUGUCCAUUUCAGUGAAUGGAUUCAUAACUCUAAAGCAAAGAUUAGCAUCAUCACUCAACAAUGCUGACGAUUGUGAAUCACAUAAUUAUUUGAAUGUGCUUUUUAAAUUUGCUCAUUAAGUUUCAUCAUCCAUCAGACUAGUUUCAUAAUGAUUCUUCAGUAUCGAAAACAUGAAUCACUUCAAACUGUCCAUUUCAAUGAAUGGAUUCAAGACUCUAAAAAGCAAAGAUGCAUUUGUGUCAUCAAUCAGAAAUGCUAAAAAUGAAUGUGCUGUUUUCAUUUGUUCAUUAGGUUUCCUAAAGAUUGCAUCAUCAGACAGGUUUCAUGAUUGCUCUGCAGUGUAAACUAAACUAGCACGUGAGUGUGAUUCAUUUCCAUGUCCAUUUAAACUCUAAAGAUGUAUUUGAAUCAUCAUUCAGAAAUGCUGGAGAUUGUGAAUCGCAUGAUUAUUUUAAUGCACUUUUUGAAUUGGUUCAUUAUGCUUCCGAAGAAAUGUCGUCAGACUAGUUUCAUGAUUCUUCUACAGCAUUUAAGUUGAAUUAACCUCCAUGAAUCCGAACUCUAAAACAGAUUUGCAUUAUCUCGCAAAAAUGCUGGAGAUCAUGAAUCAUGCAAUUAUUUUAAUUUGUUCGUUAAGUAUUGCAUCAUCAGACUAGUUUCAUGAUUCUUCUCCAGCAUCAAAAGCAGCAUUUAAGUUUGAUUUAAGUUCAGAUGAAUCGAUACUCUGAAACAAAGAUGCAUUUGCAUCUUCGCUCAAAAAUGUUCUCAAAGUCCCCAUUUUUAUAUU